AAAACCAGCAAAAGAUAUUGGAAGUGAAUGGGGCUCAUUGAUGUAUUGGAAUGAGCUCUGUUGGGAUUACUGUCUUUGUGAAAAAUAAGAAUAUGCUAGAAAUGAUAGAUCAUCAAAUCUGAUAGAGACACUUUAUUCUACUGAAUAGGAAAUUUCACUGUGUUUCCAAAUGCCACAGUUUAGAAGUCAAUAUAAAUAUUAACACAGCUACAAAUUGGGGAUUAAAAGGCUUAAAAGCAAGACUUGAGGGUUUUUUUUUUUGCCUUGGACAUCCAGUUUAUCUAGUGCUGAUGCAUUCUGCAGAGUUUCACUUGCAUUUAUGGGGUCAGUCUGCAGGCUUUAAACUAAUAACUUUCUACAUUUCCAGCAUAAAGGUUUAGAAACUACAGAUAUUGGUAGAUGAGGAGAAUGAGGAGGAAAAUUGCUUACAGAUCACUCUGCCCACAGCUGCUCUCUCUGUAUGGUCUGAAAGCAAAGGGAAAUGUGUUUUUUCUACUGCUUUCAAAUUCCAUCGCAGAAAGUUCAGAAAGUUCCAGGGGACUUAGGCAAUCAGCUGGAAGCAAAGCUAGAUAAGCCAUCAGUAGUGCAUUAUCUCUGCUCUAAGAAGACAGACAGUUAUUUUACACUGUGGCUGAAUUUAGAAUUGCUUCUACCUGUCAUCAUUGAUUGCUGGAUUGAUAAUAUCAGGCUGGUAUAUAAUCGAACAAGUAAGAUCACAGAAUCACCAGUUGGAGUGGAUGUCAGAGUCCCAGGCUUCGGGCAGACAUUUUCCUUGGAAUUCCUUGACCCGAGUAAAAGGAGUGUUGGCAGUUACUUUUAUAUGCUGGUGCAGAGUUUAGUGGAUUGGGGCUACAAACGUGAUGAAGAUGUAAGAGGAGCACCUUAUGACUGGCGAAAGGCACCAAAUGAGAAUGAAGACUAUUUCGUGGCCCUUCGCAAGAUGAUAGAGUUAAUGUAUGAACAGUAUGGAAGUCCUGUUGUCUUAAUUGCCCACAGUAUGGGUAACAUGUACACCCUCUACUUCCUCAACCAUCAGACUCAGGACUGGAAAGACAAGUAUAUAAAGGAUUAUGUGUCAUUAGGUGCUCCGUGGGGAGGAGUGGCUAAAACUCUCCGUGUGCUGGCUUCAGGUGACAACAACAGAAUACCUGUUAUCAGUUCCCUCAAGAUCAGAGACCAGCAGAGAUCAGCAGUCUCCACAAACUGGAUGCUCCCCUACAACUACACAUGGCCUCCAGAUAAAGUCUUUGUAAGCACACCUACAGCUAACUACACUCUUCGAGAUUACCGACAGUUCUACAGGGACAUCAAUUUUGAAGAUGGCUGGUUCAUGAGACAAGACACUGAACCCCUGGUCUACCAGAUGACCCCACCCGGUGUGCGCAUACACUGUCUGUACGGGACUGGCGUGGAAACACCUGAUUCCUUCCAUUAUGAAAGUUUUCCUGACAAAGAACCCAAGAUUCUUUACAGCGAUGGGGAUGGUACAGUAAACUUACAGAGUGCCUUGCAAUGUCAAAAGUGGGUGGACAUGCAAAAACAGGAAGUAGUGAUCUUUGAGCUUUCAGGAAAUGAGCACAUUCAAAUGCUAACCAAUGAUACUACUAUCUCCUAUGUGAAAAAGCUGCUUUUUGGUUUGUGAUACCUUGUGUUGACAGUCGUUUUCCUCACCUGUGAUGCCUUCCCUUGAAGAUGGGAAAAUGCCUUUUAAUCCCUUGAUAUUUAGAUAUUUGAAUUAUUUAUUUUGCAUUUUUUAAGGCUGUGUUCAAGAAGUUGUUUGGUGUCCUAAGUGAUUGUUUGUCUCUGAUUUGUGUUUAUGAUGCUUCAUAGUAUUUUCACAUUCUGCAGAUUUGGUCAAAUAUGCAUUUUGGUGCCUCUGGUGGUGUGUACAAUUCAUACAGACUUUCAUUUGGAGAUUGUGCAGCCCCUUGCACAUAGUACAUAGAAUCAUAGAUACUGGAGUUCCUUUGUGUGGCCUUUGCAGGGUUUGGAGUUGGAGGGCAAGGCAGUUUUAGAUGCCCACAAGACAAGGGAAUGCUAUGAACAUUGCAGAAGCACAGUAAACUUUUUCAAGGGCCUUGUGUAUUCUGAUCCACAGUUCCCAGCACCUUAGUUUGCAAAUGUGCAUAUCAACUAGGUAAGAUAGGGAAGAGGUCUGCCUCAUACUGGACUACCUUUGUCAUAAUCCAGCCUCUCAUUACAGCUUAUUUUUUUUUUGGGGGGGGGGGGAAAGAUAGAUGUUUGAAUUACUUGAAGCUUCUUCUUAGGUACCCUUUGGGGUUUUUUUCUUUUACAAGAAGAAAUGUUUGUUCAUCACCUUCUAGAACCUGGUUACAUAUGAUCUAGAGUCUGAGGAAUUCUCACCUUCUACUUUAUUUACCAGUGAGGGAAAGAAACUAAACAGUGACUGGUGCUUGCAAUAACUGUAGCUGUGUGGAAUAGCACAUAAACUUGAAGCCAACUGAAUUGAAUACUAUCAAACAAUCCACACAAUGCAGAACUGCAUUUCUGGGUGAAAAAUGAUCUCCUGUAAUGGAAAUGGUAUAGGAUGAUGAGCAUUAAUUCAAAAAGAAAAGUGAAUUUCCUGAAAUGGGCUGGGAAAUGGAAACCAGCAUAAUACAAUUGGAGGUAUAAGCCUUGUUCUCAGUCAAAUACUAAGCUUGUCAUCCAGUUACUGAACAAGAAGUGAUUGGAUCAACAUUGCACUCAGAUGAAAAGAAACUUUAUGACUACAAUUAAUUCCCACUGACCACAAGUUUCAUUAUUGCUGUUUCCAGAAGCUGGGAUACACUGUUCCUUAAAUGUUACUAAUUGCUGAAUGUGGAGCUCUGUUAAUUUCCUACAGUAUUGUUUUACUUAAAUAUUUAAUAAAAAAAUAUAACCUCUGAACUCCAGAGAAGUGACAGACAGCCUAAAGAUCAUCAUAUGUACAGCCUUGAUUACAGAAGCCCUGUUGGUCACUCAAAGAUUCUCUUUUGCUUGCUUUAAAACCAGUCACCUGGUUAGACUACACUUAGUUUUCUGAAAACAACAAUCUUGAAUGCUUUCAAAAUGCUAGGUCCUCCAAGGAAAAAUGCUUCAAGAGUUUUGGAGACUCAUCAGAACUAUUGAGGAUUCAUUACUUAAGAAACUGAAGUUGUCUAAAGUUUUUAACUGUUUUGGUAGCAUGCAUAAACCUGUCUGUCUUGAAAUGACAGGCUUGAACUCUUGCUACUGUAGAAUGCAAACAUUUUGGUACAGGAGGGAGGUUUAAGGCUUUGCAUUUUAAUUUAGAAAUGACUUGUAAAUCCAGAACAGCUUGAACUAAGGUCAUGGAUAAGCUAAGUAUCUUCCAAUGUUUUAACUUCCUUAUGUAGCUUCACUUUCUUUCCUUCAUUUGUCGAGUACAUGUUUUCCUGACUUUUACAAUGCAACAUUUAUCUUGUCCUCAGUUGCCCAGGAACCUACAGUUCAGCAGCAAUAUUGUCCAGACUUUCCAGAGUAAGUACUGAGUUGUCCCAAGCAGUUUGUGACUUUACUGUUAAAAUGAAAAACAAAACCACACCAACUCCAAACAACAACCUACGCCCCAGAUACAACCAGCCACUACAACACAUCUCCUACAGAAGUCCUUUAGCCAAGAGUUCUGUUUUAUGCAGGGCUUUCAGCUGGAUAAGCUUCAGGCUCAUGUUCCAAGACUGCUCAAAGGUGAUAAAGCUCUUCCUGUGUCUGACUCAAUUUUCAAAUAAAUUGCUAUGUUAUUGGUUGAGAACAGAAAGCAAUUACAGAAAACAGCUUAUCACAAUCUCUAUUUCUUGCUGAAAUCAGAGGCCUGUUAAUAAGCACUGGAAUGGGGGGAGCUGGAUGCUGCAUUGCAGGAUAGCAACAUGGGCAUCAAGGCUGGGAAAAUGGGAAAAGAACACAGGUAAAGAGCCCUUUACCUCAUCUGGAGAAUAGUUCUAAUCUUCUUUUAGAUCUUUACCCAUUAUUUGGUGGCAUUUUCAGUCUCAUACUAAUUUUCUUUUCAGUUUUUUUUUUCAGUGAUUUGAGGUUCCAAACCAGCUCUUUCUUUUGUAAAUUCUUUUUUUUUUCCUUUAUGACUUUUUGUAUCCCAAAAGAAAAACAAUAUUCUAAUGUUGGCAGCCUCGUACUGUUUGACAGAAGUUGACUCUAUCUUUUAACCUAAAGAUUUAUAAAUCAGCUUUGCAUUAGUAAACAAGCCCUAGAGUAUAUCUCUUUAAAUAAACCUGUGUUUAACCUGGUAAAAUGAAGCUGAAAGUGUUUCAGGGCCUCUUAAAAAAAUGCUCUUGGUCAGUAUAUAGCCUUGUUGUGCAAGAAUGCGUGUACCUGAGUUCCAAGUACUGUGUUAGAGCAAGCAAGCACAGUGCUUCUGGUGAGAUUUUGAUUGGACGUGAUGGCUCUGCAGGCUAUGGUCCUGGUUUAUGUCCACAAGUUGUUAUUUUUCUUCUAAAUCAUCUUCAGCCCUUUGAUUUUCAGUUUCUUGGAUGGAGUUCUCACUGAAAAGGGAAUGCAGCAAGUAAACUACAAUGUUCUAGUCUCUGAAACUCAACCACUUCACCCAGCAUGUUAAGAAGUGCUUACUCACUACAGCACGUUCCUCUACAAGGCAGGAGUAUUUAGCAUUACUGUUAGAGGCCUGCUAGAGCCACGUGCUUGAACACUCUAGAUGCUUGUGGGGAGAGAAGGUCUGAAGAAAUAAGUCUCUAAGGAGAAGAGAAUGUGUCCCUUCAUCAGGAGGAGUAACUUGGGUGCUCUGCCAUGCCACACAGUUGAAAUGUUUGCAUUUACUGACAUAUCUUUGUUAUACCUAACACACAUCUAUUGUGUCUCACCAUAAUUCUUACCAUUAUUCUUCCAGGAUAUUUUCAGAAACCAAAAAUAGUCUUGAGGACCAAAUGUAUUUCUUAUUUUUGACAAAAUGUGUAGAAAAUGCUGAAGAAGCUUUCAGCUGCAUUGUAAUACUUCUGAAGAGGUUUAGAAUCACUGUGUGAUUCUGUUUAAAAGCAGAAGGCUUCAAUAACUAGCAAUAAUUGCAAAGGACUUGCAGACCAAAGGAAGGAAUGUUUGAUAUUAAGGUAGUUCUUGGAGCACAGUGUGUUCAAGGCCCUCUUAAAUUCAGGGAAUGUUUGGCAAUGACUUUGCUGCUCUGUACUUAACAGUAUUUUGUAUGGAACAUAUUCUGAGACCUAGCAUUUUAUAUGCUCUCUUUGUGUAUGAAUGCUUUCAAUAGAAUUGAAAUAUUUUAUUGUCAAACUUUGAUAACAUAAUAAAAUUGAUCUAAUACA